AUGGUACUAUUGAAUAUUGUAUUUGCACAAAGAGGUUAUUUAAACUGCGGCGGUAGUAAAAUUAGUAACACGACUCAGUUCCCUAAACUGGUGUUGGAAAUUUAUUUGGAUCAAUUUCCGGCAAUAUGCACACUAAACUAUAUUAUUCUCUGUUCAGGAGUUGUCAUAACUAUUGCGCUGAUAUUCCUUGUUAGGUCGAACCAGUUGGAUGAGAAAAUUUUUCCUUACUCAAAGAGGUCUAAUGGUUCAGUUUGUGUAACGAAGGAUGGAGAAGUAACAUGUACAGAAAGCACACAUCAAAGCUUGUCAGACUCAUUUCGUCGCUUUAUGAUUUUUAAAUGUUCACUAAUUCUAUUGGCACUAUGCAGUCUUGCUAUAAUUUGUCACAGGCAUAAACGUUUAGACCAGAAACUAAUGCAGAAAGUCAACUUUCAGAUUGCAGCUGGUGUUUAG